UUUUCUCUCACCAUUGUCAUGUGAGCUUGUCAUGUGACAUCUACAGGAAGUAGGUGUUCAGAAUCAAACUGCUUUUCAGCCACAACAAUCCAUCUGCUCCUGCUGGCAUCCUCAGUCCUCUGGGCGCAUCCUCUAGUGCUAAGCUGCAAUGUAGGGAUAGUGAGAAAAAGGGAACGAGGGAUCUCUUUAAGGCCGGUAUGGACAGGAGGAACAGUUGCAGCAGCUGAUAACGGUUUCAAAGCACAUAUGGGCAUGGAGGAACCAGGGUCCUAUAGGGAGGAACCAGGGGCCCAAAGCUGAAUUUUGCGCCUGAAAACCAUCCGAGAAGUCAGCACUUGGACAGCAGCCUUUAAAAACCUGAGCAGGCUGAGGAGCUGUCCAGUGCUGAAAAACACUUUACUCUCUCCUUAUAUGUAAUGUACAGUUUUAUGUGUGUUUUAUAUCAACAGUGUCACAACAUGAGCUUUUAAUCAGACUCAUGAUACAAUAGAUAAGAGGGAGACUUAUGGAUGAUUGCUUGUGAUUGUCUUGUCUCCUGUGUGUCCACUCCUGUCCCUACAUUUCAUGUAUGAUGGUGACGUGUUCCAGAUUAAUGGUGUCGCUUUAUAAUUAGCUUCAUCAUGAGGUAUUUCUGGAGUGGCCCAUUUGUGUCUCAUUUCAUUCUGCCACCUCCUGCAGGAGUCAUUCUUGGUUUCUCACUGCCACCUUGUGGAUUUUGGUGUUUUUUUUUGGUGUGCUUUCAGUCAGUGUGUCAUGAUGUCUUAUAGGUUACAUCUUCACCAUUCAAAAAGCAUCUGCACAGAAAAGUGGGGAAAUAAAGAUGUGCAUAUUCUAGAUGGAGUGACAUAUAGUGUUCAGAUCAUCUGCACAUUUAUUGAUCUCAGUGCAUAAUGUGGAGAUGAUUCACAGGAUAUUAGAGGUGGGAGGGGGGAUAAAUAAACAAAUUAAAAGGGGUGUUUAGACUCCUGGUUGUGUCUUUAUGGAUGUCCUCUUUGUUUUUUUCCACAAAGAACAAAAGCAGCCUCCCUCCUCCUCCCCUCCUCCAUCCUGAUCCCUCCUCACGUAAUGUGUUGCUCAUAUCAUCAAACUUCAAAUCCGUGACCAGGAUUCAAAAACCAGAGCUAUAUAGAUCCGAAGACAAUCAACACUUCCCCCCCCCAACACCCCAAAAAAAAAAAAAAAAAAAGUCCCACUUCAGUGUCGCCAUCCAGGGUCCAACCUGCAGACUCGCCUGCAGACGCGUCCUCUCCACAUGCAGACAUGCAGCAGCAGCACCGGUGUGGAGGUCUAGUGUAGAGGAGCUCACAGUGACUCACUCGUGUGCGCAAUGACAAUAAACAGACAAGGCUUCUUGCUCUAAAUGUCAAAUCAAACCUACAACAACAACAAAAGCAAGGUCACCUUGUGCGCAGAGGACUGAAGCUCGGGGCUGUUUUUCUUCUUCUUCUUCUUCUUCUUCUUCUUCUUCUCGGAGUGUUUCAGCAGUCUCUUGCUCCUUCAGGACUGAGAGGAAAUUCACUUUUUUGGGGGGAGUGGACUGCACCUGUUCACCUGGACCCAUCAUCAUCAACGUGAGGUUAUAGGGCUACUUUUCAUCUUGGAUGUCAAGGCUAUAAAGACAGAUUUUUGGGGGGCAUUGAAAAAAAAAAAAAAAAAAAAAAAGUGAGCAGGCUUUUUGAGGUGAGGACUUUGGCACAGGGUCUGGAGUGAUGGCGGCGUCUGCACCCUCCUCCUCCUCCUCUGGCGGAGAACCGGAUCCCAACUCGACUAAUUUACGACCACCGGGCUCAAGCUAUGAUGCUUGGUGUGGAGUUGCUCAUGGAUGUACUAGAAAAUUGGGAAUGAAGAUAUGUGGGUUUUUGCAGAAGAACAACAGUCUGGAGGAGAGGAGCAGGAUGGUGAGUUCCUUCAAGGAGCGAGCAGCCAAGAACCUGCUGUCCUGCGACAACACAGCAGGAGGAGAGGCGCACUUCAGACGCACCGAGACAGACUUCUCCAACCUGUUCGCCAGAGAUCUGCUGCCCGCCAAAAAUGGAGAGGAGCCGACCAUGCAGUUCCUGCUGGAGGUUGUGGAAAUCCUCACCAACUACGUCCGGAAGACCUUUGACAGAUCCACCAAGGUGCUGGACUUCCACCACCCCCACCAGCUGCUGGAGGGCAUGGAGGGCUUCAACCUGGAGCUCUCCGACCAGCCCGAGUCCCUGGAGCAGAUCCUGGUGGACUGCAGGGACACCUUGAAGUACGGAGUGAGAACAGGUCACCCCCGGUUCUUUAACCAGCUGUCCACUGGAUUAGACAUCGUUGGGUUGGCAGGAGAGUGGCUCACCUCUACAGCCAACACUAACAUGUUUACCUACGAGAUCGCCCCUGUCUUUGUGCUCAUGGAGCAGCUGACACUGAAGAAGAUGAGAGAGAUGGUCGGCUGGCCUGAAGGAGAGGGUGAUGGGAUAUUUUCUCCAGGAGGAGCGAUCUCCAACAUGUACAGUGUGAUGAUCGCCAGAUACAAGUUCUUCCCUGAAGUCAAGACCAAAGGCAUGGCAGCUGCACCCAGACUGGUCCUCUUCACCUCAGAGCAUAGCCACUAUUCCAUCAAGAAAGCCAGUGCAGCUCUGGGCUUCGGCACGGAGAACCUGAUCCUUUUGAGCACAGAUAAGAGAGGGAGAGUCAUUCCUGCUGAUUUGGAAGCCAAAGUAAUAGAUGCCAAGCAAAAGGGUUAUGUUCCGAUGUUUGUGAACGCCACCGCCGGUACCACCGUCUACGGAGCCUUUGAUCCCAUCCAUGAAAUUGCAGACAUCUGUGUAAAGUACAACAUGUGGCUUCAUGUGGACGGUGCAUGGGGAGGAGGUCUGCUGAUGUCCAGGAAACACAGACACAAGCUGAAUGGAGUAGAGAGAGCCAACUCAGUCACCUGGAACCCUCAUAAGAUGAUGGGAGUGCCACUGCAGUGCUCUGCCGUUCUGGUCAGAGAGAGGGGAUUAUUACAAGGCUGCAACUCCAUGAGUGCUGGUUAUCUCUUCCAGCCAGAUAAACAGUAUGAUAUUACAUACGACACGGGUGACAAAGCCAUUCAGUGUGGACGGCAUGUCGACAUCUUCAAGUUCUGGCUCAUGUGGAAGGCGAAGGGAACAGUGGGAUUUGAACAGCAUAUUGACAGGAGCCUGGAUCUGUCAGCGUACCUCUACAAUAAAAUAAAGAACAGAGAGGGCUUCGAGAUGGUGUUCGACGGAGAACCGCAGCACACUAAUGUGUGUUUCUGGUAUAUCCCACCGAACCUGCGCGGCUUACCUGAUGGAGACGAGAGGCGGGAGAGGUUGCACAAGGUGGCUCCAAAGAUCAAGGCGAUGAUGAUGGAGUCUGGGACUACGAUGGUUGGUUACCAGCCACAAGGAAACAAGGUCAACUUCUUCCGCAUGGUCAUCUCGAACCACGCUGCUACCAGGUCAGACAUCGACUUCCUGAUCGAGGAGAUUGAGCGACUGGGGCAAGACUUGUAAGAGCCUCACCUAAACCCCUUUUUCCCCCCCAAGCAUUUCCGACUCUGGAGAGCCUUGAGCUUGGCUUCGUGUCCCUUUUGUCUCAUAAAGACGUUGACAUUUUUUGCUUACAGAUCUUCUCUGGCAAUGCACAAGAAAUAAUACGCCCUGUGUGUCUCUUCUCUGUCUCUUCUGUCUUUAGCAGCGACGACAUGUAUUCAAAACAUUUGCACACAAGGUUAUCUGAGUAAAAAAGGACAAACAGAGAGAAUCACAAAAGCACACUGGUAUUCUUGCUAUGUUAAAGUGGCAGUAGGCAGUAUAUAUUUUAGGCAUCAUUGGGCAAAAAUUCCAUAAUAACCUUUCAGCAUAUUGUAAUUCAAAUGUUCUGACAGAUAACUAGAUUUCUGCACCUCAUCAUGGCUCUGUUUUCAGGCUUUAAAAAAUCUUCUUUGACCAAUCACAGGUCAUAUCAGAGAGAGAGCGUUCCUAUUGGCUGUGCUUGGCAGAUUUCAAAAUCGCUGCUGCGUCAAAACUUUCUCAUUUUACAGCUAAACAGUACACUACAAGAUGAUUUUGAAAACAUUUGAGGCGAGAAAUAGGCAUUAACGUAACAUAAUAUUGAUUAAUAUUUGAUCAGCGCUGCCUAGUUUGACCG